UCCAUUCAUUACCUUCAUCUUCUUCGUCUUCGUCUUCGUCUUCGUCUUCUUCCUCUCACUCUGCUGCACCGUUUCUCCUUCUCCGAAUCAAACCUCAACCAUUCGAGCUCGACCCUUUCACCUUCGUUUCCCUUCAAUCCAUUGCCCUUUCCUAACUGUAAUUGAUUGACAGAUUCUAAGCAUAGUUUUGGGCACAUCAUCAUACAUAGCAAUGGCUCAAGCAGUUGAAGAAUGGUAUAAGCAGAUGCCCGUCAUUACCCGUUCCUAUCUCACCGCCGCUGUUGUCACCACCAUCGGAUGCUCCCUUGAUAUUAUUUCUCCCUAUCAUUUGUAUUUGAACCCUAGAUUGGUGGUGAAGCAAUAUCAGUUUUGGCGCCUGGUUACUAAUUUCUUGUACUUCAGGAAGAUGGACUUGGAUUUCUUGUUUCAUAUGUUCUUUCUUGCUCGAUACUGCAAGCUUCUGGAGGAGAACUCGUUCAGGGGGAGGACUGCUGAUUUCUUUUACAUGCUCUUAUUUGGUGCCUCUGUAUUGACUGGAAUUGUUCUGCUUGGGGGAAUGAUACCUUAUUUAUCAGAGUCAUUUGCGAAAAUUAUAUUCCUGAGCAACUCAUUGACAUUUAUGAUGGUUUAUGUUUGGAGCAAACAGAAUCCAUUUAUUCAUAUGAGCUUCCUAGGCCUCUUCACUUUCACUGCUGCCUACCUUCCAUGGGUUCUCUUGGGGUUCUCUGUCCUUGUUGGUGCUAGUGCUUGGGUGGAUCUACUGGGAAUGAUUGCUGGUCAUGCAUACUAUUUUCUUGAAGAUGUCUAUCCAAGGAUGACAGGUCGUCGUCCCCUAAAAACACCAUCGUUGAUCAAAGCACUAUUUGCAGAUGACCCUGUAGUUGUGGCUCGGCCUGCCAAUGUCAGAUUUGCUGCCCCACCAGUUGACGAUCGUCACCAAGAUUGAUUGUUACAAAUGGUGCGAGGACAACAAAGUGGUUGACUUGACCCUGUAAUAUAUAGAGGACCCUCUGUUUUUAAACCUUUUUAUUUUUGCGUGCAUAUUAGAUACUAUGAUUUAAGGUCGAAUAUCCAAAGUUUUAACCGAAAUGAGAUCUCAGCGUUCAUCUU